ACGCGCUGAGAAAAACAUCUACUGUCGGAGUCUUGUCUGGCCUGGUUAUUGCCGAUUACGUCAAUUGCCCACAUUUUGUACACCUGGUCCAAUCUAUAAAAGGCGUCAAAAUCUUCCAUCCCAGUACUUCUGGUCUACGUCUCGUGGUAGCGACUAGCAGGCUCGACGGCAAAAUUCACCAUGAAUUUCUUCAUUCUUCUGGCUUGCCUGCUGACUGUACUGACUCCAGCUCUCAGCAAACUGAUCGUCGGCGGGAAAGAGUCUAAACCAAACAGCCGACCCUACCAGGUGGCCCUCUAUGAUUCGAAAAGUGCUAACUGGCAGUUUUGCGGUGGUACCCUUGUCAACGAACGAUGGGUCGUUUCAGCAGGUCACUGCGCGGGUGGCACGGUCUACGUCGGUUUGGGAUACCACGAUAAGUACGACAACACGCAGACUGGCCAGCAGUUGAUUAAGGGCACAUGGUAUCGCCAUCCAGGUUACAACAGCUACCUUGAUAAUGACAUCUCCUUGAUCAAACUGAGCAGCGAUGCCGACCUCAGCAGCCCAAAAAUCGAAACCAUUUCAAUCACCAAGAGCCCACCUGCUGCAGGAAAGAAUCUGCUCGUGAGCGGAUGGGGAGCACUCCAAAGUGGAGGAUAUUCUUCAAGAAAUCUGAUGGAAGUGGCGGUUCAAGCAGAUUCCAUGGCGACUUGCAGAAACGCCUACGGGUCGUCAGCGAUCACGGAUAACAUGUUUUGCGCCUCCGCUUCAGGAAAAGACGCCUGUCAGGGAGACAGCGGUGGCCCGAUUGUCAGUAACUACGGGGCUAGCAGCCACAAACCUGGCACCAUCCUGGAGGGCAUUGUCAGCUGGGGUUACGGCUGCGCUUAUCCUGGGUACCCAGGCGUCUACACUACCGUCGGUAACUACUGUGACUGGAUGGCGCAGACAAGUGGUGGUGAUAUCUCCUGUUAAAACUAGUGAGUUCCCUACCGAUUGCCGAAGGAUGUUCCCGCGACAGAUUGGUACGAGUGAAAGGGAAUUCUGGUGCGCGGUCUCUCGGCAUUCGGUCACCGUUGUUACAGCACUGGGAUUAAUUAAGUAUCUGAAUAACUCAUUGUCAAACUAAUUAUGAAAUCAAUAGAUAAAAAUCAUGCUCAAUUCAGGAACUUCGCACAGUUAAAUACCAGAGAUAUGUUUUGCUUCCGUACAUUUCCAGUUUAAGAAAAGGGUGCGUGAAGUGAACGAAACAGUACAAAUUGCUCUUGCACAAACUUCUUCUGAUGUUUCUCUCCAGCAUCCGAAGUGCCUUUCUCGGACAAACCUGUGUUGUUGCUAUUAACACUUCACAUGAUUUGGUGUUCAGAUCGGGUUCCAAUCCCUGGUGCAUGAUGAAUUAAAGUUUUCAUUUGAUUAAUAAAUCAAACG